AUGGAGAGUAAGUUGAGGAGUGGGAAAACCCUAAUUGUAGACCGUCAUUCUUACUCCCGGGUGGAUUUUUCAUCUGACAAGGGUCUAGAUAUUGAAUGGUGUAAGGCUCCAGAGAAAGGUUUGCUGGCUCCAGAUCUAGCAGCAUACCCAAACAUACCACCCCAGCGAAACUUGGGUCAACCUGAGGAACCCGGGGAACCCGAGGAACAUAACUUGGGCGGUCUUGGGAAGUACCUCCAUAGGUUUCACGGGUUUGAUAGGCAAUCUGGGCAAAGGAUUCCUAGCUCGGGUCUACCUCGGCCAAGCCUUAAAGCUGUAGAAAGAGGAGGUUAUGGAGGUGAGAGAUACGAGCAGCUUGAGUUCCAGAAGAAAGUUCAUCAACACUAUGAGAUGCUUCAUGAUCCCACAUGGAGGGUACAUUCCUGCAUUCAAUUAUCGAGGCAGGCGUAUUUCAUGGAAUUUCUUCUCACAAAAGGACUACCUUAA